AGCAGCAGCUGUGAUCGGGCAGAGCAGCAGCAGGGAUCUGUGCGAGUGGCGUGUGUGCAGUCGGGGAGGCUUUGUAGUGAUCUGUGGUCGAGAUGGUUCUCCAAGCUUAAAUGUUUUGCACCCUUGGUAGGCGAAGCAAGACUUGGGAGGAGGCUCUGGAGCACUGCAGAGAGACCCACACUGACCUCACCAGCCUGCACUCAGAGACUGGGACCAAACACGUUCUGAGAAGGAUGAAGCACAACAACAUCGCUGAGCCAGUGUGGAUCGGCCUGCAUUUCCUUGGAGACCGCUGGCUGUGGGUGGAUGGUGACCCUCUGGUGUACGAGGCCUGGCCAAAAGGAGGAGAUCAGGACCACCAGUGUCCGAUACGGAAACGCUGCGGAGCUUUAACUAAAGAGGGAGUGUGGGAGAACAGGGACUGUCAGGAGAAACUCAACUUCAUCUGCAAGUGAAAGCUGCAGAAUCAAUUUUUGGUAAAAUAGUUUUGAUAGCUUUGAUUUUGUAGAGUCAGUUACAAUGUAUAGAACAGAAAGAAAAAAAAAUUGUGGAAGACUCUUGAAUUAAAUCUAAACUUAUUGUGCCUCUGUAGUUUGAAGGUGCUUUAUGAUGCCUUUAUAACUCCUUGUGUAAGGACCCGAACCUGUACCUACUCACACCUCUUUGCUUGGUUUGUCAUUUUGCACUUUUCUUCUCAUGUUACAUAAAAAGUUACCUUUGUAAUCUAAAUAACAGUAACUUAGGUGUGACCAAAUGUUUAAUAGUUAAGAGUUGUUCAUUAGACUUUGAUAUAUGUUAAUGAUAAAGCAAAUAAAGCUUGUCUUACUAAUCUCAUAUACUGACUUCAAUGUAAAAACUUUGUAAGUAAUAACAUUAAUUGCAGUGUGCUGUGUUUUUCUUGUUAAUAUACAGUAAGUUAUUUCU